AUGGCCAUGCCCACGCUCAGCACACCUCUGACCACCCUGCUUGGGAUCAAAUACCCAAUCUUACUUGCAGGCAUGGCUCGCACAUCAUCCGGUCCUCUGGCUGCUGCAGUCUCAAAUGCAGGCGGCCUAGGCACAAUCGGAGGAUUGGGAUACAACCCUCAACAGCUCCGCGAUAUAAUCACGGAAUUGAAAUCGCAUCUCUCGUCUCCAGACCUACCUUUUGGUGUCGACUUGGCCUUGCCACAAGUAGGCGGCUCAGCAAGAAAGACAAACCACGAUUAUACCCAUGGACAACUGGAUCAGCUUAUUGAUGUGGUGAUUGAAGAAGGCGCGAAACUGUUUAUCAGUGCUGUGGGUGUGCCGCCGAAGGGAGUCAUCGAUCGCUUGCAUGAAAAUGGCAUCUUGGUGAUGAACAUGGUUGGUCAUCCUAAGCAUGCGAUCAAGGCACUCGAGGCUGGUGUGGACUGCGUAUGCGCCCAAGGCGGCGAGGGUGGAGGUCACACAGGCGAUAUCCCUGGAAACAUUCUUAUUCCAGCUGUUGUGGAUGCAGCUAAGAAGUACAAGAGUCCACUGACUGGUGAACCUGCCUUGGUAGUGGCAGCAGGCGGUAUAUACAACGGACGUAGUUUGGCAGCCAGUUUGAUGCAAGGAGCUGCCGGUGUAUGGGUCGGAACAAGAUUUGUUGCGAGUGUCGAAGCUGGGUGCUCGAAGCUGCAUAAAGAGGCGGUGGUAUCAGCCAGAUUUGAGGACACACUGCGCACUUUAGUUGUCAGUGGUCGACCUCUUCGCGUUCGCAUGAACGACUAUAUCCAAUCUUGGGAAGACAGACCCGAAGACAUCAAGCGGUUGACCGAGCAAGGCAUUGUGCCGAUGCAAAAGGACAUGGAUGACGACAAAGACGUCGACCUUCCAUAUCUGAUGGGGACCGUCGCUGGCGUGAUCGAUAACAUCAAGCCCGCAAAGGACAUCGUUGAAGACAUGGUCAGAGAGGCUGUCGAUAUGCUGAAGAUAGGGCAGAGCUUUGUCGCGCGCGACAGCAAACUAUAG